AUGCACGGAUACCGCACCUACAACAUGGAGAGCCAUCAUCAUGAUAGCAGCAGCGCCGUUGACCAGAAGCCGCUGGUCGUCGAUCUGAUCUCAACACAAUACGGCAAACCACAAACGCCGCCGCCUUCACCAAAUGAGUGCCUGUCCAGUCCAGACAACUCACUGAAUGGCAGCCGCAACUCCGAGAUACCCGCUGAUCCGUCAGUUCGUCGCUAUCGAACUGCAUUCACACGUGAUCAGCUGGCGCGUCUCGAAAAGGAGUUCUACAAGGAGAACUAUGUGUCGCGCCCGCGCCGCUGCGAGCUGGCCGCCCAGCUCAAUCUGCCCGAGUCGACAAUCAAGGUGUGGUUCCAGAACCGCCGCAUGAAGGACAAGCGCCAACGCAUUGCCGUCGCCUGGCCCUAUGCCGCUGUCUACUCAGACCCCGCUUUCGCCGCUUCCAUACUGCAAGCGGCUGCCAAUAGCGUGGGCAUGCCCUAUCCACCCUAUGCACCCGCUGCCGCUGCCGCCGCCGCUGCCGCGGCCAACCCAAUGUUGGCCACCGGCAUGCCCACAAUGCCAGUGCCGGGACAUUCGCCAUAUGGCCAGUACCGUUAUGCGCCCUAUCACAUCCCCGCUCGGCCCGCACCACCAGCACCGCACAUGCAUCCGCACAGCCACUCGCACGCCAUGCAAGCCGCCAUGCCCAUGGGCUAUCCGGCUGCCAUGUUGGGCGCCGCCGCCGUUGCCAGCAUGCCGCCCAGCUAUGCUAGCGGACAGCUGCAGCUGCCGAAAACGCAAACGCCACCUCUGGAUCUGCAAUCGUCCUCGUCGCCGCACUCAUCCACGCUGUCGCUGAGUCCCGUUGGCUCCGAUCACACCAAGGUCUUCGAUCGCAGUCUCAGUCCGUUGCGCAGCUCCGCCGCCGUUGUCGUCGCCACCACCAGCAGCCCGCUGCCAGCGCCUGGUCUGCUCAUGCCCAGUGCCAAGCGUCCGGCAUCGGACAUGUCCCCGCCACCAAGUGGCAACACAGUCAUUGCGGAGCCCAAGCCCAAGCUGUUCAAGCCCUACAAGACUGAGGCGUAGGCCAAUCUCCUAGUCGCCCUCGCUCGCUUCCCCUUGUCAAUUGUACAAAUUAGUGUUUAGUUGUUGUUGUGGAACCCCCUACCCCCAGC